AAAUGAUAUUAAAAUACUAGAGAAAUAAUACUAAUGCUUUAUUUAGGUCUCCGGCUGAGUUUGACGAGGUGUGUUCUUCUUCCCGCGUCCAAUUUCAAAUUAAAAAUCCCCAUUUCACCUAGGGUUUGGGCAAUCGGAUUUUAUUAUUUCAAAAUUAUUUGAUUCUGUGUGUGAUGUCUGCCACCGAAAUGAGUACUCCAAUGGACAUUUCCGUGCAUAAUCCCGGCGAAUGCAAUUUACCGGAGCAAGACCAUGUCGUUUUUGAGCCACCAGCUGCGCCGCCUCCUCCACCACCGCAGCUGUCGCCGCCACCGCCCCCUCCUUUACCCAGAGAAGAUAAAGUCCUUGUGUCAGUUGAGGUUUUACUGAAACCAUCUAGUACAGCACGGGCUGAAGAUGUCCGUUCUGCAGUCGAAAGAAUGCUGGAAAAGAGAAGCAUGAGCUAUGAGGAUGGUCCAAUCCCAGUUCCAAUCGACGAUACUUUUCUUGUGGAAAAUGUACAACGAAUGUGUAUAUGCGAUUCAGAUGUUUGGGUGGAAGAGCACAAUAUUCUUUUAUUCUGGCAAGUCAAACCUGUCGUGCAUGUUUUCCAGCUCAGUGAGGAAGGGCCAUGUGAAGAAUUAAGCAAUGAUGGUCAACUUGCUAGCUUUAACGAAUGGAUUCUUCCUGCAAAAGAAUUUGAUGGCAUGUGGGAAAGCUUAAUUUAUGAUUAUGGUCUCAAACAGAGGCUUCUACGUUAUUCAGCAAGUGCUUUACUUUUCACUGACAAGGGUGUCAAUCCUUCCCUUGUAUCAUGGAACCGCAUCAUUCUUCUUCAUGGACCUCCAGGCACAGGCAAGACGUCGUUAUGCAAAGCACUGGCACAAAAACUCUCAAUACGCUUUAGCUCAAGGUACCCGCAAUGCCAAUUGAUUGAGAUUAAUGCACAUUCCUUGUUCAGUAAAUGGUUUUCUGAAAGUGGCAAGCUAGUGGCAAAGCUUUUCGCCAAAAUACAGGAAAUGGUAGAGGAAGAAAACAAUAUGGUAUUUGUCUUGAUUGAUGAAGUUGAAAGCCUAGCUGCUGCCAGGAAGGCUGCUUUAUCUGGUUCCGAGCCUUCAGAUUCUAUAAGGGUUGUCAAUGCCCUUUUGACCCAGAUGGACAAGUUAAAGUCUUCACCCAAUGUAGUGAUUCUAACUACAUCAAAUAUAACUGCUGCUAUUGAUAUAGCAUUUGUCGAUCGAGCUGACAUAAAGGCGUACGUGGGUCCUCCAACUCUCCAAGCACGUUACGAAAUCCUAAGAUCUUGUUUGGUAGAGCUUUUAAGGACUGGAAUUCUAUCAAAUUCCGGGUUUCAGGAUGGUGAUAACUUGUUUGUCCCAAGUUUUACAAGUCUGAAAGAGCAAUUAAAUACAGCUCUAAUCCCCGAGGCUGCAUCUCCAUAUAGUCUUGGUGUACCUCUACUUGCAGCUGCGGAAGCAUGUGAGGGAUUGAGUGGGCGAUCGCUCAGAAAGCUUCCAUUUUUGACACAUGCUGCCCUUGCAAAUCCUUUCGGCUGUGAACCUGGUAAAUUCUUGCAUAAGAUGAUUGAGACAGCGCGAAGAGAAUGUUCCGAAAUACCCGACUGAAUUCCGUGUCUUUCUACCAUAUGAUUCCUCUUUCAUGUCAAAAAUUAGUACAAGUAUGUAAAAGUAGGCAGCACGUUACGUUACAAAACGCUUAUUUGUGUGGUGUAAUUGUAAUUUUUAGGCUUUUAAUUACUUGACACAGAGACAUGUCUCUAUGUUAAUCUUUAGAUUAGAUUCAUUAGAGGAAAGCAUAGAAGGAAGA